UGGUAAAGCGCACCAUGCUCCCAGCCGGCGCGCGAGUGCUGAGCCUGGGCUUGCGGAGCGUGACCCGCAGCGCCCCACGGCCCCGAGGUGCCCCCGGUUACUGCAGCGGCACAGCGCCUGGAGACCACGGAGACGGGCACAGGGUCCCCGCGCAGCUCAAACCCUCGCAGUUCGACAAGCGAAUCCUGCUGUGGACCCGGCGGUUCAAGUCCAUGGAGGAGAUCCCGGCGUGGGUCCCGCCUGAAAUGAUAGAUGCUGCAAGGAACAAAGCCCGGGUGAAAGUCUGCUAUAUAAUGAUUGGACUCACAAUCAGUGCCUGCUUUGUGGUGAUAGCAUCAGCCAAAAAGGCUGCAGAACGGCAUGAAUCCUUAACAAGUUGGAACCUGGCAAAGAAAGCUAGGUGGCGUGAGGAAGCUGCAUCAGCUGCACAAGCUAAAGCUAAAUGAUACUUUAAAUGCCAAGGUGUUUACAUGAAUACCACCACAUUAUCAGCAACAGUAAAAGAUAGGUAAAAUAAUAUUUUUCAGGACAUUGGCCAUGGUUUUAUUUUGGUAAUAAGAAUACAGUCUUUAUUUUUUUUAGUGAACUUUUAUUGAAGUAUAACAUCCACUCAAGAAGAGCACAUAGGGGCCAGGGAGAUAGCUCAGCGGCACAGUGCCUGCCUGGCACAUGUGAGGCCCCCAAGUUUGAUUCUGGUACAAAAAAGAAAGAAAAAAACCAAAACAAAACAAAAAUGAAAAGAAAACAAGAGCACAGAAAGCAAAGCUGGCUAGAUUUCUGCUAGGGAAGACACCUGUGUAGCCACUACUCAGGGCACAAUGUAGAUCACCAGGUAAACUUCAGAAGCCAGUAUGCUCUCAUUACUCCCCAAAGGUAACCAUGGUUGAGUUUCAGUUCAUAGAUUAAUUUUGCCUGUUUAUGGACUUUAUAUACAAUCACAAUAUGUACUUUUGUGGAUGCUUAAUAUUAUGUUGUGAGAGCUAUCCAGAAAGUGUUUAUACAUGUUUAUUGCUGAAUAGUACUUCAUUGUAUAAUAUGCCACAAUUUAUCUGGCUAUCUGGCUGAGUGUGUGGCUACUGCAGAUAACAUUAAAAUGAGCACUUUGUGCAUGUCAUUAAAAUGACCUUUGACUAAAUCAAUAAGGAGUCUGUAAAAUCAAAACUAAUGUUCAAACUAAGUUAUACAGUAUUUGGUAACUGUAUAGUCCCCUUGGUUAGUCUUUUCAGUGUCUGUAACUAGGUAGGCAGGUUUAAAAACAGUUUAGGCAAACCAAGAAAUACUAAUUCCAGAAUCUGUUACUAAAAUGGUAAAAGUAUUAAAACAGUAAUUGUAAGAACAAUUUUAAAAAAGACAAAACCAUAGAAAAAUGGUAAUCUCAAUGGUUUUCAAAGUUGAAUAAACCCUAAAACAUUUUAAUUAUCCUUUUAAUUUAGUAACUCUUUUGAUCAUAAAUGUCAAUAGUUAGCCUGAAAAGCCCUUUUCUUAAGAGAAGAUACAGGACAUCGUAAGCGUAUAACUAAAAUAUAACUACAGAAAAUCCAGAGAGAAUAAAAGACUGGCAAUUAUAAAAUUAAAGGCAAAACUAGUAAAAUAAGGUAGAGGAUCAACAGAAUUUAGGAAUUUAGGAAAUCAUUGAGGUAAAAAGGCAGAAGAAAAUAAUAUUAGGAAUGUUAAAAGAAAUCAUAGUCCAUAUUCAACAGCUUUUUAUUAGAGGAUGAUGGAGGAAAUAAUUGAGAUGUGUUGUAUACUAACUCUCCAUGGUAAAUGUGAUGAUUAUGUACUACAAUCUUGUACUAAUAAAAAAAAGUAAAAGCCUG